GCAGUGGCCACGUAUCGCUCAGACGGGCAGCCUGGCCUGUGGGCCUUGGUAGGAUUCCGCCUCAUCUACCUGCACUUGCACUUGCAGUUGCAGCACUGCAGCAAUCACAGACAGACACGAGCAAGUGUGAGUGAGGAGGUUUGCCUGCCCAUCUCCAUCGGCCAUCGCUGCCUCCCCAGUCCCCACAUCCGCACACAUUUUUACCCCUCGCGGCGGCCCCACCGACCGCCGGGGCGCAGCGGCGUCGCCGCGGGCAACGCCGUCACGUCACGUGCAUCACGACAAUCUCCUCCUCCGCCUCGUCUUCCUGCCAGGCCGCGGGAGCACCAGCCCAGCGGCAGAUCAGUCGAGGCGGGCGAUUCCAGGGUUUAGAGAGGAGCGGAGAUGGUGAAGGUCAUCCAGGGGCGCCCGGCCGAGAUGGGGUUCCGGAUGCCGGCGGAGUGGGAGCCGCACGAGCAGUGCUGGAUGGGAUGGCCUGAGCGUCCAGAUAACUGGAGGGAGAAUGCUGGUCCAGCUCAAGAGGUAUUUGCUAGAACUGCAAUUGCCAUUUCAAAGUUUGAACCCGUCACGUUAUGUGCAAGUGCCAAGCAGUACCCCAAAGUCCACGAGCUGAUGGAACAUCAAACCAACAUCAGGGUCGUUGAGAUGAGCAUGAACGAUUCCUGGUUCCGCGACAUGGGCCCCACUUUUGUCACCUGUAAAGGGGAUUCAGGAAUUGCAGAACAAACAAUAGCAGGAAUUGAUUGGCAAUUCAAUGCCUGGGGAGGAAUCUAUGACGACUGGAGUCUUGACAGCGAUGUUGCCAAGAAAAUAGUCGAGAUCGAGAGGAUCCCUAGGUUUCCCCAAAAAAUUAUCCUUGAGGGUGGAAGCAUUCAUGUAGAUGGAGAAGGUACAUGCAUUACAACGGAAGAAUGCUUGCUGAAUCCUAAUAGGAACCCCAACAUGACCAAACUAGAGAUAGAGAAUGAGCUGAAGGAUUUUCUUGGAGUCUCGAAGGUCAUCUGGAUACCUCGUGGACUUUAUGGCGACGAGGAUACAAACGGCCACGUUGACAACAUGUGCUGCUUCAUCAAACCCGGUGUGAUCCUGCUGUCGUGGACCGACGACGAGAAGGAUUAUCAGUACGAACGGUCGGUCGAGGCGCUGUCUGUUCUCUCCCAGUCCGUCGACGCGAAAGGGCGGCAGCUCCAAGUGGUGAAGAUCCACGUCCCCGGGCCUCUGUACAUGACAGAGGAAGAGGCACAGGGCGUUGUUUCAUCGGGACAUUCUGUGCCGAGGCCAGCGGGCACGAGAUUGGCCGCCUCGUACGUCAACUUCUACAUCGCCAAUGGUGGGAUCAUAGCGCCUUCCUUCGGCGACAGGUGGGACGAGGAGGCGUAUGCGGUUCUCCAGAAGGCAUUCCCCGAUCACGAGGUGGUGAUGGUCGAAGGCGGACGGGAGAUCGCGCUGGGAGGUGGGAACAUUCACUGCAUCACGCAGCAGCAGCCCGUGCGCCCGUCCUAGCUGAAACCGGCGUCGACGCGAGGGGCGAUGAAGAGCUUGCGAGUAGUAUUGUUUUGUAUGCUGCUCCUGUCGUUAUCACGCUCACCAAUACGCUCGCGAAAUAAGCCACGCCAGCAGUUCGUUGACACAUACUGUAUGAGUACUAUUAUACUAUACGGCACAAACGGCCAAACGCCACACAGGCGUGGAUCAAAAUUGUACUAGUUCCUGUCUACAAUUCGUGGCCUUUAUCAUCCUGAUUGGCUGCCCGUAUAUUAUUUAUCUUAAGUCAUCUAUAUUCUUAUCUU